ACCUAAUCAAUUUCAAAUUUUUAAAAACGCAAAUCUUACCGUUACCCCAGACAUCAUCAGACCCAAAACUCUCUCUCUCUCUCUCUCUCUCUCUCUCUCUCAAAAACCCAAUUCAGUCGUCUCCAAAACCCAGAUUCUGUGAGCUCAAAUUGGGCGAAAAGAUGAAGGCAAUGAAGGGCAAGUGGCUGAAGAAGCUGAAAUCCAUCAAGCAAAUGGGGUAUCUGAAAACAGACAGAGUUCUUCAAGUUUAUGCGUCCGAUGGAUUCGUUGAUUCUUUGCCUAAAAUACCAAUCUUUCCUGCUCAAACCCAGAAAGAGGAGCCGAAGAUGGUCAGGCAGAGCAGCUUCACGGUUCAAGAGCCCGAGAUUAUCGACGUUUCGGAGCUGAUGAAAGACCUCGAAGAGGAUGAAAUGGAGUUUGAUGACGACGACAAGGAAAAUAUUAGGCCUGGAGCUGUUGUUGAGAAGCAAGGGAUCGGGAAAUUGGAGCCUUUGUCGGAGAUUAAUGUGGAGAAUUUCCGGCGGCCGGACUUGGACUCCGGCAGCCUCUUUGACCCGAACCUGUUGUCGGCGUUCGAGCAGGCUGUCAUGGCAGUGAAGACCCAGGAAGAGGAGAUAAGAGCUCGAAGAAUCGACGAUGAGCCGCCGAUGAAAGCCCGGAAAAUUGAAGAAGAUCCCCCGUUAGAUUCCGGCAAAAGCAGAGAUCUCCUUCCGGAUUCGGAAGAAAACCGGGACCCCCCGUCUUUUUCCCAAGAAAACAGGGAUCCCCGGAAAAUCCAAGAAAAUGGAGGUUCCCUGUUAGUUUCCCAAGAAAACAGAAAUCCCCUUUCAGAUCUGGAAGAAAAUAGAGACCCCCUGUUUGUUUCCCGAGAAAACGAAUUUCCCCCGUCUUCUUGCCAGGAAAACAGAGACCCCCUGUUAGAAUUCGAAGAAAAGUGCCCGCCGGGAGGGGGCGAAUCAGUAAUUCUUUACACCACCGGUCUGCGAGGAAUCCGAAAAACAUUCGAGGAUUGCAGCAGCGUUCGAUUUCUUCUCGAAACCUUCCGCGUUCUGUUCUUCGAGAGAGACAUUUCGAUGCAUUCUGAGUUCAGAGAAGAGCUAUGGCGGAUUCUGGGAGAGAAAACGGUUCCUCCCCGGCUCUUCAUCAAGGGGCGGUACGUCGGCGGGGCCGAAAAGGUGCUGUCGUUGCACGAGCAGGGGAAACUCCGUCGGCUGCUCGAGGUGGCGCCGGUCGACCGGUCGGAGGGGCCGUGCGAGGGCUGCGGUGGGGUGAGGUUUGUGAUGUGUUUCAAUUGCAGUGGGAGUCACAAGGUGGUUUCCGGCGAGUCCGGGUUGUCGGAGAAGUGCCCGGAGUGUAAUGAGAAUGGGUUAAUUAUAUGCCCCAUUUGUUGCUAAAUUUGUGAUUUUUGCCCCCAUUUUUCUGUGAGUUAUUUUCCAUUGUUAAUUGGGUUAUGGGCCUUUAUAUAUUUCUUGAAAUAUUUGGUCAUAAUUGACAAUUAAAUACUUUGAUGUACUUGUUUGUGUAAAUUAUGGAAUAAAUUGUGGUUU